GAGAAAGUACCAAACUCUCAACCAUUCUUAUCUAAAACCAAACUAUGUCUCAUAUAGCUGUCGAGAGGAACAGGAGAAGACAGAUGAAUGAACAUCUCAAAGUGUUGAGGUCGUUGACUCCAUGUUUCUACAUCAAAAGGGGAGACCAAGCAUCUAUAAUAGGGGGAGUUAUAGAAUUCAUCAAGGAGUUACACCAAGUACUUCAGGCUUUGGAGUCCCAGAAAAGAAGAAAGAGUUUAAGCCCUAGCCCUGGCCCGAGCCCAAGAACACUGCAGCCAACAUUUCAUCAACUCGAUAGUUCCUCCUUAAUUGGGACUAAUUCAUUCAAGGAACUAGGAGCAAGCUGCAACUCUUCUGUUGCGGAUGUAGAAGUGAAAAUAUCGGGUUCAAACGUGAUUUUGAAAGUGAUUUCCCACAGAAUUCCGGGUCAAGUUGCAAGGAUUAUAGCUGUUUUGGAAAGUCUUUCAUUUGAAGUCCUUCAUCUGAACAUCAGUAGCAUGGAGGAGACUGUCUUAUACCAAUUUGUGGUCAAGAUAGAGCUGGGAUGUCAACUAAGUCUGGAGGAACUAGCGAUGGAAGUACAACAAAGCUUCUGCUCAGAGGCUAUAACUGUGCUGUGA